AUGGAGAGUAUAAAGGAGGAGGCAAUACAUCAAACUGCGCUCAAAUUAGCAGAAGAAAUUAAAAAUCUAUCCAUAUACAAAUCGUUUUAUAAUGAUGUACAGAAAUUAGUAGCAUCGCCAAAUGUGAAAAAAGAAGACUUCAAACAAACUUUACAACAAGCCAUGAAAGAGAAAGGUUUGGAUACGAAACUGAGGAAUACAGUAUUUCAUUGGGUACGCACACAAAGUAAACAAAACAAACUAGACCCCUUGACGUCACUAUCGAAGGCGAGUGCUCAAUGGGAGAAGCGAAUACAUAAAUCUUUAAAUUCAAUGUGUUCAGAUCUGGAGACUUCGCUGGCUAAAUUGCGUCCACAGAGCGAACAAGACGAUCUAUCGGAGAAGUGGCACGAACUUAGCACGUACAAUUUAGAUUUAACAAAAUACAGGCCAGUUUAUGCGCCGAAAGAUUUUUUAGAAGUGUUAUUAACGCUAUCCGGUUAUGUUCCUUUUACUAGAGAAGACGAGCCCAAAUGGGAGUUCGCUCACUUACCAUUACAAGUAAAAACGUUGGAUCAGUUGAGGAACGUUUACGUAGAAUGGUCGAACGGGGAAGCACUCCUGGGCGUGAAUGCUUACAUGCCAAGCACGGUGCCAGGGUUCAGCACUCUAGAGGCGGAGAGGAUCAGCCUAGGGGAGAGGGUUGCCGUGCUGGGGUAUGCGCCGGUCAUACAGGAGUACCUGAAGAAGGGCAGCCCUCAGUGUCUGAGAGCACGACUAUGGAUGCAAGUGCUGGGAUCUGAGAUUAAAUCGCAACAAACAUCGUACUUUAAUCAACUGAAGAAAAGCGUGUUAGAAGUGGAUCUUAUGAUUGAUAAAUUAAUAUUUAAAGACGUUCAACUCACUGCGUCGAAUGAUGACCAGUAUUUUGUUUUCGAAGACCUUUUAUAUCAGGUGAUGCUCUGUUUCUCUCGUGACUGCGAAAUCAUGCAGCAUUUGAAAGGCAGCAUCGGGAAUCCGCUGAACGUGACGAUAAAGGGCAAGCAGACGUCAGCCGAGAGCGUGACGGUGUUUCCGCCCAGUGGCAUCAUUCCUUUCCAUGGGUUCACUAUGUAUGCGACGCCAUUUUGCUACCUUUAUGAUGACCCGGUGCAGCUGUACUACACGUUCAGAGCGUUUUACAUCAGAUACUGGCAUCGAUUACAUUACAUAUCUACACAUCCACAGGGUAUAGUUUCGUUAUGUCUUUUAUACGAAAGGCUUUUGGAAGCGAACGAACCUCUGCUAUGGAUACAUUUUAGGAAUAUCAACAUAAAUCCGGUCAGAGUGGUGUUCAAGUGGCUAAUGCGAGCGUUCAGCGGACAUCUCCCACCAGACCAGCUCCUACUCCUCUGGGACGCCAUCCUCGGAUACGAUUGUCUGGAAAUCCUACCACUUUUGGCCCUGGCGAUAUUGAGCUUCAGAAAAGAGAAUAUAUUCCAAGUGAACACGCUGCAGAAUGUAGACGCAAUCUUAGCGGAUUUAUCGACCAUCUCGGUUAUUCCGUUAUUGCAAUUGGCUUUGAUGAAACCCUAAUGCCUCAGUGUUUGGUUAAGUAAAAGUUAUUGUUUAUAGUGUUUUGUCAAAUUGCUGUUUGGCUUUCGUCCUAUGCCAAAAUGACGUAUCGAUUCAAUUAGUGUUGCCAGAAUUUAGAUGAUUGUUAUUCAAAAACCCGUGUAAAUAAAAACGUGCGAACCAAUUGUUAAACAGAAUAUUGUACAGUGUUUUUAUAUUAGUGUUCGUUAUUAUUUUGUAGAAUCAAAGUUUUUUUUGUAAAUUAAAAAAAGAGUACAAAGAUGUUACCUCA